AUGAAUAAAGAUCUUUUAAAAUUAGAAUUUCCAUGCACAAUUGCUCUUGAUAUUAAAAUAAAAGGAAAUUUUCCUGUGAAAAUUGAGUCAGGCACAGUAAUUCAUCCUAAGGUGUUAAUCGAUAGUUCUUUUGGGCCUGUUUUUAUUGGUAAAAAAUGUAUUAUCGAAGAAAAUUGCACAAUUAAAGCACCAAAUGAACAAGGAAUACGUAUUAAUGAUACAUGUAUUAUUGAGUUUCGAUCAGUUCUUGAGUCAUAUAGUAUAGGAUCAGGUACACGUGUAAGUCCAGGGUGUUUUUUGGGUGCAGGUUCUCGAGUAGGAGAAGAUUGUAAAAUUAUGGCAAAAACAUAUAUUGAAAAAGAUAUAUCUUUACCGGAUGGGACAGUGGUUUAUUCAGAUGGAAAAUACAGACUAUUAGAUAUAUCAUUAAGGGCAUCAAAAAGAAUAUUGAUUGAAAGACACGCAGAAUUUUUAGGAAAAUAUCUAGGAAAAUAUAAUCAACUUCAUACACCUAAAUUAUAA